CGAUGAAAUGUAACGAUCCAGCACUCUCCGACGUUGGAUGCCGUCGGGACUUCAAGGAAUGGGGGUUCGUUUCCCCAUUCUCACGACCUAAAUAGUGGGGGUUUAGUGAACAAAAAAGAAGGUGUGAUAGCAGCGUGACUGACGUUAAUAACUCUUCAGUAUCAGACGCUUUGGCUGCAUGUGGUUGCUGAUAAGCUGUGAACGUCGAUUUUAAUGCAGAUUGAUGCAACACCGGUGGUGGAACGGUUGAACGGCGUCGGAAGCGCUUUGGAGAUGGAUGAGCCUAACUUGUCCCAUGUCUAGAGAAGGUGAUUAAAGUCCACAUACAUUCAGUUAGGAAAUUUGCAUUCAUUUCGCCUUGGAUGUUAUCAAACCUAUAAUUGAUGGACAAAAUAUGAAUCGAUUACUCCGAAACUAUCCUUAAAAUGGGUUUGGGCCUGCGUAUAAAUUAUUCUACCAGUCGCCGAAUCGUAUUCAGUGCUCCUCUUCAACUCAACAAUCAGUAGGGAAGCUUCUCCAAGGCAAUUCUCUCGCACGGAAGAUAGGUAAUAAAGAGCUGUAUCUUCCAAGCGCGACUCGUUAGUUAAUCUUCUCUUCCUCACUAAGUGGGCCUCAGUUGAGCUCUACACCGCGCACAGUUUGCACGCGUCUUUGCGGCUUCCCCUUAACAACGACGCAUCUCGACGCGCUCGCUCGUGUGUAAGGAUUGGAGCUUAUCACCUACCACAUUGCCGAACGCUGCGCGUCCACUUGUUUGUGUGGAAUCGUCGAGUUGUGUCAGUUGUGGACGGGAGAAUCGUGCGAGCGAUGAUCUCGUUGCCGUGGUUGUUGACUGUCUGCUGCGCUCUGGCCGUAGUUGGCAGGUGUACAGUGUUGCAUCAAUCGGUAGACUCUGCUUCCGGUGUGCUUAUAGCGAAGCAACCCUCAGUGAGUGAGCAGCUGUUUCCUCUGACGAUCAUCCAUCUGAACGACUUUCAUGCCCGGUUCGAGGAAACGAACACAGUUUCGACGCGCUGCAAACCGGAUGAGGGUGAGCGAUGUAUCGGAGGAUACGCUCGGGUUGUCUCCCGUGUCAAAUCCCUACAGCGCGAGUACGCCGAUCGCAAUCCAAUAUACCUGAACGCUGGUGAUAAUUUCCAAGGCACACUGUGGUACUCGCUGCUGCGCUGGAAUGUGACCGCACACUUUCUGAAUCUUCUCCCGGCGGACGUGAUGACACUCGGGAACCACGAGUUUGAACAUGGUAUUGGUGGGUUGGUGCCAUUCCUGGACGUGAUCGAUAGCCCGGUGGUAGUGACUAAUAUCGACGAUCGGGAAGAACCGACUCUGCAGGGGAAGUACACGAAAAGCGUAGUGCUGGAGCGUGGUGGGCGUAAAAUCGGUGUGGUUGGUGUCAUCCAUCAUCUCACAAACACGAUGGGCAUGACGGAGCGACUCCGAUUUCUGGACGAAGUAGAGCAGCUACGGAUGGAGAUCGGUCGGCUGAAGGAGGAAGGAGUUCAGCACAUUGUGGUGCUUUCACACUGUGGUUUGGAGAUCGAUCGUAUCAUUGCUCGUGAACUUCCGGACGUCGAUGUGGUCGUCGGAGGACAUUCUCACACCUUCCUGUACAACGGUACGGCAGAUGGGUUUCCGGAUGACCCAGAAGAUACAUACCCGAUCGUGGUAGAGCAUCCCGAGGGACGCACGACACUGAUUGUGCAGGCGGCGUCGUACGCGAAGUACGUUGGACGUAUCACGCUCUACUUCGAUGAGGAAGGUAACAUCCGUGAAUGGGAAGGAAAUCCAGAAUUCCUGGACAGCUCGGUACCGCAGGAUGAAGAAGUUCUCGCACAGCUAGCUCCAUGGCGAGAGCAGGUCAACGUGCAGGCCAACCGGCAGAUCGGUUAUUCGGCGGUAAUGCUCGCAAAACCCGACUGCGCUCGGGGAGAGUGUAACUUUGGUAACUUUAUUACGGACGGGUACAUCGACUACUUCGCCACGGAGGGCCAGAAGGCUCCGAAACCCGACCAGUGGACGGAGGUGGCGAUCGCGUUCAAUACCGGUGGUGGCAUGCGAACGUCACUGUUUGCUGGGAAUCUCACGUUCGAUGAUCUUGUGACGGCGGUACCGUUUGAGGAUACGAUCGAUAGCUUUGAUCUGCUCGGUCGGGAUCUGCUCGAUGUGCUGGAGCAUAGUGCAAGCCGGUACGGCACAUCGGACACGAUGCAGAUGUCUGGCAUGAAGGUGACGUACGAUUUGCGCCGCCCUGCCGGGAGCCGGGUAGUGUCGGUGAGCUUACGGUGUCGCUACUGUUCGGUGCCUCACUACGAACCGCUAGAUCCGGAGCGUGUCUAUCGGGUAGCGACCGGUGCGUACAUACGGAAGGGUGGCAGCGGGUACACGAUGAUUCCUGCGAGGGCUACCAAUCUGCUGAUCGGUCCGGUGGAUAUUGCCGUGCUGGAGCAUUACGUACGAAAGAUGACUCCCAUCGUUAGCGGAACUGAGGGACGCAUUACCGUUAUUGCAGAGUGAAUAAAACGCAACUCGAUUGUGAGUUCAAAAGCGCA